AUGCUUUAUGUUCCUUUUCUUGAUGAAGCAAUUCAAAAGUUGUUGAGUAAAUCAUGUAAUGACGAUACAAUUAAUCGUCUUUGUAAUGUUAUUACUCCAUGCCUUCUUAUCUUUUUUACAUUAUUUAUUUGUGCCAAACAAUAUGUUGGUGAACCAAUUCAAUGUUGGGUACCUCAAGAAUUUGAAAGUGGUUGGGAAGAGUAUGCUGAAGAUAUAUGUUUUAUAAAAAAUACUUAUUAUAUUCCUAUAAAUGAAUCUAUUCCUAGACAUCAAUUAAAUCGUAGUCAAACUGAAAUAGGAUAUUAUCAAUGGGUACCUAUUAUUUUAUCAUUAAUGUCAUUUAUGCUAUAUCUUCCAAAAUGGAUUAAAAAAUUAUUAAUUAAUCAAUCUAAUAUUGAUAUAGAUGGAAUAAUUAUGGAAGCUGUAUCAUUAAAAAAUCUUAGUAAAGAAGAUAGACAAAGUAAUAUGAAAAAAUUAAAAAAUUAUAUUGAUGAAUGUCUUGAAUAUGAAGUUCAAAAUAAUUAUUUUUUUAAUCAAUGUUCAAGAUUUACAAGUAUAAGAUUAAUUUAUAUAACAACUAUCCAUAUCUGUAUUAAUUUUUUCAAUUCAUUAAAUAUUAUUUUUCAAUUUUUAUUUCUCAAUAAUUUUCUUGGAUCAAAAUAUACAAUGUGGGGAUAUGAAGUGAUUAAAGAUUUAGUUCAUGGAAAAGAAUGGGAAGAUUCUCCAAUUUUUCCCAGAGUAACAUUAUGUGAUUUUCAGGUUAGAAGACUUGCCAAUAUACAUCAUUAUACUAUUCAAUGUGUUUUGAUGAUUAAUAUGAUUAAUGAAAAAAUUUUCCUAUUUCUUUGGUUUUGGUUUUCAAUUAUUGCUAUCAUUGCAAGUAUCAAUUUUUUAUACUCAUUUUGGAAAUUUUUUUUACCAAUGAAUCGUGAAAGAAAUUUAUAUAUUUAUUUUACAGAUGAUUUUAAUAGAAAUAAUAAUCCAACAUAUUUUAAAAAAGUAUUUUCUUUAUUUGUUAAUGACUACAUUAAAGUUGAUGGUUAUUAUAUUUUAAACUAUAUAGAAAAACGAGCUGGUGGUAUAUUAGUAAAAGAAAUAGUUCAUGAAUUAUUUGAUAAUUUUCUUCAAAACCAAAAAAAGAUAUAA